UGGGGGUGUCCGGCCAAGUUCGGCUUCCUUAGCUGCGGGGAGCUUGGCCAGAGGUCUGCAGCUGCCGGGUUCUGGCCUCGGAGGUCGCGGGUUCUGCUAUCCCGAUUCGGUUGUGGCGGUCGCGAUGUUUUUUUCUGAGGCUGGGGCCCGACCACGGACGUGGGAAGCCAGCCCCUCAGAACACAAGAAGUGGGUGAAAGUGUUUAAAGCAUGCGAUGAAGAUAACAAAGGCUAUCUAAGCAGAGAGGACUUUAAAGUGGCUGUUGUAAUGCUGUUUGGGUACAAGCCCACCAAGAUAGAAGCUGAUUCUGUGAUGUCUUCAGUAAAUCCAAACACUUCUGGCCUAUCACUUGAGGAGUUUUUAAGUAUUGUAAGAAAAAAGAAGGAAGUUCAACUCCAUCGGAACGAGAUAAGACACAUCUUCACAGCUUUUGACAGGCACUACCGCGGAUAUUUAACAUUGGAAGAUUUCAAGAAAGCAUUUAAGCAGGUGGCUCCCAAGUUAUCAGAACGGACCAUUCUGGAGGUAUUCAGCCUUCACCCUGGUGACCACGCCCUCCCUGGAACAUCCUUUUCCACCAGUAUGUGACAGUGCUCAUUCCUGCACUUGGUCCUACUGUAUCCUUUGGUGGCUGUAUGGGACCUUUGGGUCUGCCUGUAUGACCCUUCCAAUUGUCUCCCCUUUACCAAUCUCCUUCCUCUGGGAGAUUUCAUUCACAGUCUUCCCUUUCAUGUGAAGACUCCCCAGCUCCAUGUCUUUAUCACAGUCCUGUUUUCUGAAUUCCAGCCCUAUAGCUUCUCUACUGCUAAACAUCUCUCUUUCUGGAUGUCUCCAUCGACCCCUCAAACUCCACAUGUUCUAAGUGCUUUCUGUUGUCCUUCCCUUCAGACCUGCUGAGCUUUUCUUGUGUUACUCGUCUUGGUUCACAAUAUCACCAUCUAUCCAGUUACCCACUCCAGAGUCCUCUAAGUCAAUUUCUUCCCUUGACCACUUAAAACCAACUGGUCAUCAGACUUGGUCUAUUCUACCACCCAGGUCUGUCUCAGAUUAUUUUCCUCCUCACCAUCCUUGAUCCAUGCUGCGCUCACUUGCUGUAACAAAUGCCACAGACUGGGUGGCGUAAGCAACCGAAAUUUAUCUUCUUACCAUUCUGGAGGCUGGAAGUCUGAGAUCAAGAUAUCAGCGGGGUUGGUUUUUUUCUGAGGCCUGUGCGUUUGGCUUGCAAAUAGCUGUCUUCUCUGUGUGUCUUCUCCUGGUCUUCUCUUUGUGUGUCUGUGUCCUAUUUUCCUCUUCUCGGGAUACCAGUCAUAAUGGAUUAGAGCCACCCUAAUGACCUCACUUUAAGCCAAUUAACCCUUUAAAGACCCUAUCUCCAAACAGAGUCACGUUCCAAGGUGCUGACGUUGAGGACGUCAACAUGAAUUUUAGGGGACACAUUUCAGCCCAUAGCACAGGCCCUCAUCAUGUCCUUACAAGCUAAUAUGUGCUCUCUUAAUUAGUUUCCCUACUUCCAGUAUCCUUUCCCUUCUAAAAUAUCCUCCAUACCACCAUCAGAAAGAUUAUUCUGAUUUCAGAUGUGAGCACAUGAGUCUCUUUUCUUCAAACUCUUUAAUGGCUCCCAGUUGCAUAGAGUAUAACCUCUAGAUUCCUUCAAAGGGCAUUCUUCCAUGAUCUGGUUCAGCCACUGUCCUAUUCAUACAGUACUCCAACCACUCUGAAAUAUUUAAAGUUCUCUAAAGGUUUUAGGCCUGCACCUCUGCCUUUGCACAUGUAGCACUCUGUAUCUGGAAUAUUCUUAAUUACCUCC